UGUCCGGGCACGCGCAGCGCGCCCCCUCGGUGCGCGGGCACAGCAGCCAGGCUGCCGGAGAGCAGAUCUCGGGGAUUUGGGUGCGGAGCCCUUGGCCUGGAGGCGAUAUGGGUGGUCCGCGGCCCGGUUCAGUCGCUCGCAACAGCCCGGGGAACAGGCCUGUCUGGCCCUGAGGGGGUCCCCUUUCUGAAGCUGUGGUGCUUGGACGACCUGCUCUCUGAUCGCGGCAUUGCUGGGCAUGUGUAUGUGUCCUUCGAGGGCUCGGUGUUGAGGUUCCAGUCAGUGUGGCCAUGAAGGGGCUGCCUGUUAGGCUGAUGCUGUGACCCAGGAAUCUGCCUUCUUGCCACUCCCCUGCCCAGAACAUGUGGCUGCAGCUGGGCCCACCCUCACUGUCCCUGAGCCCCAAGCCCACAGUUGGCUGGAGCCUGUACCUCGCGCUGUGGUUCUUCAGCUUGGUGCUGAGGGCUAGCACCCAGGCCCCAGCACCCACAGUCAAUACUCACUUUGGGAAGCUAAGGGGUGCCCGGGUACCACUGCCCAGUGAGAUGCUGGGGCCUGUGGACCAGUACCUGGGAGUGCCCUACGCCGCUCCCCCAAUUGGCGAGAAACGUUUCUUGCCCCCCGAACCACCCCCCUCCUGGUCGGGCAUCCGGAACGCCACCCACUUCCCCCCAGUGUGCCCCCAGAACAUUCACACAGCUGUGCCCGAAGUCAUGCUGCCCGUCUGGUUCACUGCCAACUUGGACAUCGUCGCCACAUACAUCCAGGAGCCCAACGAAGACUGCCUCUACCUGAAUGUUUAUGUGCCCACAGAGGAUGUAAAGCGGAUUUCCAAGGAAUGCGCCCGAAAGCCCAACAAGAAAAUUUGUAGGAAAGGAGGAUCCGGCGCUAAGAAACAGGGCGAGGACUUAGCGGAUAAUGACGGGGAUGAAGAUGAAGACAUCCGGGACAGUGGUGCUAAGCCCGUCAUGGUCUACAUCCAUGGAGGCUCUUACAUGGAAGGGACAGGCAACAUGAUUGAUGGCAGCGUCCUGGCCAGUUAUGGUAACGUCAUCGUCAUCACCCUCAACUACCGGGUUGGAGUGCUAGGUUUCCUGAGCACCGGCGAUCAGGCCGCCAAAGGCAAUUAUGGGCUCCUUGACCAAAUCCAGGCCCUCCGCUGGGUGAGCGAAAACAUUGCCUUUUUUGGUGGUGAUCCCCACCGUAUCACCGUCUUUGGCUCGGGCAUUGGCGCAUCCUGUGUCAGCCUCCUCACACUGUCACAUCAUUCUGAGGGGCUUUUCCAGAGGGCCAUUAUCCAAAGUGGCUCUGCUCUGUCCAGCUGGGCUGUAAACUACCAACCCGUGAAGUAUACGAGCCUGCUGGCAGACAAGGUGGGCUGUAAUGUGCUAGACACAGUGGACAUGGUGGACUGUCUUCGGCAAAAGAGUGCCAAGGAACUGGUGGAGCAAGACAUCCAGCCGGCCCGCUACCAUGUGGCCUUUGGCCCUGUGAUUGAUGGUGACGUGAUUCCUGAUGAUCCUGAGAUCCUCAUGGAACAGGGGGAGUUCCUGAACUAUGAUAUCAUGCUAGGUGUCAACCAGGGCGAGGGCCUCAAGUUUGUGGAAGGGGUGGUGGACCCUGAAGAUGGGGUCUCUGGCACGGACUUUGACUACUCAGUCUCCAACUUUGUGGACAAUCUCUACGGCUAUCCUGAGGGCAAGGAUACCCUGCGGGAAACCAUCAAGUUCAUGUACACAGACUGGGCAGACCGUGACAACCCUGAGACCCGGCGUAAGACGUUGGUGGCCCUCUUCACUGACCAUCAGUGGGUGGAACCCUCAGUGGUGACAGCAGAUCUGCAUGCCCGCUACGGCUCACCUACCUACUUCUAUGCCUUCUAUCAUCACUGCCAGAGCCUCAUGAAGCCAGCAUGGUCAGAUGCAGCUCAUGGGGAUGAAGUACCCUAUGUUUUUGGUGUCCCUAUGGUAGGACCCACUGACCUCUUCCCCUGCAAUUUCUCCAAGAAUGAUGUCAUGCUCAGUGCUGUCGUCAUGACUUACUGGACCAACUUUGCCAAGACUGGAGACCCCAACAAGCCAGUGCCCCAGGACACCAAGUUCAUUCACACCAAAGCCAACCGCUUUGAGGAAGUGGCCUGGUCCAAGUACAAUCCCCGAGAUCAGCUCUACCUUCACAUUGGGCUGAAGCCAAGGGUCCGAGAUCAUUACCGGGCCACCAAGGUGGCCUUCUGGAAACACCUGGUGCCCCACCUCUACAACCUGCAUGACAUGUUCCACUACACAUCCACUACCACCAAAGUGCCGCCCCCAGACACCACCCACAGCUCGCACAUCACCCGCAGGCCCAACGGCAAAACCUGGAGCACCAAGCGGCCCGCCAUCUCUCCCGCCUACAGCAAUGAGAAUGCACAGGGGGCCUGGAACGGGGAGCAAGAUGCGGGGCCCCUCCUGGUGGAGAACCCCCGCGACUACUCCACUGAAUUAAGUGUCACCAUCGCUGUGGGGGCCUCACUCCUGUUCCUCAAUGUUCUGGCCUUUGCCGCCCUCUACUAUAGGAAAGACAAACGGCGGCAGGAGCCCCUGCGGCAGCCUAGCCCUCAAAGGGGAGCUGGGGCCCCUGAGUUGGGACCUGCUCCCGAGGAGGAGCUGGCAGCAUUACAGCUAGGCCCCACCCACCAUGAGUGCGAUGCUGGUCCCCCCCACGACACACUUCGCCUCACUGCCCUGCCCGACUACACACUGACCCUGCGGCGUUCCCCCGAUGACAUCCCACUCAUGACCCCCAACACCAUCACUAUGAUCCCCAACUCCCUGGUAGGGCUGCAGACAUUGCACCCCUAUAAUACCUUUGCCGCGGGAUUCAACAGUACUGGGCUACCCCACUCACACUCCACCACCCGGGUAUAGCUCCAGUCCAGAGCACGGCCUCUCUCCCAGAUCUCUCCCUCCUAGAUCCAUGAACACACACACACGCGCGCGCGCACACACACACACACACACACGCACACAUACACAUGCACACACGCACACACACACACACGGACACGCACACGUAUACGUGUACACACACAACAACAACAACACUUGACAGCAAACACCUACACAGACAUCAACAGAUGUGGACAUGCGCCCGCAUGUACAAAAACACCAACAUGGAAGUAGACCUAACUAAGCCCUCCCAACCGGGACACAAAUGAGUCCUUGGGAAACCUAGGACCCACGCAACAGCAGCCCCAUGAAACAGCAGCUGAAGCAAGCUCCCCAAGCUGACUACAGACACUCCGGGGGGCCUAAAAGCACCACCUGGACACCCCCUUGGUGCUCACCUUCUGCUCUCUUGGAACUACAUCAUCUACCAACUGCAGACUUGGGUACUUUCAAGAGCAGAGUAGCUCUUUCCUCCCCAGACUUGGGCAUUUUUCCUGGGUCUUGUUUUGGGUGAUUUUCAAACACGUUUGGAACAAAAUCUCCUCGACCUGCAAGUGCUUAGAGGCUUCAGAAGGAAAGGUUUCUGGCCCAGGUUCCUCUGGCCUGGGAAGCCCCCAAGUGCUCACACGAUUCAGCCAAGGAACCGGAUCCUGAGAAAGAAAGCCAUUCGAGCCACCAGAGGGUGGAAGGAGGAAGGGGAUCCCACUGGAUGGGGUUGGAGGGCUCUCAAGCCGGGCCUGUGCCCCCUGAAGGACUGCAGAGAGAAGGCACAGGGCGUCCCUGCGGGCCCCUUCGCCAGAAGCCGAGUAGUCCUGGCUAAACCAGGGAGCCUGAGAUUUGGUGAUCCAGGUUCCGUGGAGGCCAUGUUCUUACCGGGGCCCCUGGGUAGGAUCUGGGUUUUGCCUCUGUCCUUGGGGAUAACACUAUCAGAAAUUCGCCUCCCCCCCGACCCCCCCCCCGUUUUUCUUUACAGAGUCUCUUUUGUGUCUGUCAUUUCUCUUUCCAAAAGGCGGUGUUUUUUGUUGUUGGCUUUUUUUUAAAGAAAAGUUCUUAAAACACUAACGGAAACCCAUGGAGUUUGUCCUUUGUAAAAAUUUUAAACACAGUGUCUUGAUAUAAAAAUAAAAAAUCCAGUUAGCACUCCCAA